UCUUCUUAUCUCUCUCUUCCAUCCCUCUUAUAACCUCCGCAGAUUCUUCCCCUGCCCCUUUGCAUUUUCUUCUGAUGUCAUCAAUGGCGGCUACUCUCUACUCUUCUGUUUCUCUCACAUCUUCCAACUCCUCUUCUCUUCCCGCCACAAGCUUCUCGAUCGCCCCUGAGAUAAUCAGAUUUGGCAAGGGUGCUUGCUACAACAGAAGCAAUGCCUCUACAGGCAAAAGAUUAGUUUCCAUUAGGGCUCAAGUGGCAGCAGAAGCUCCUGCGAAAGCAGAGAAGGUUUCCAAGAAGAACGAGGAAGGUGUUGUGGUUAACAAGUACAGGCCAAAGGAACCUUACACUGGCAAAUGCCUUCUCAACACCAAAAUCACUGCAGAUGAUGCACCUGGAGAGACAUGGCACAUGGUUUUCACCACAGAAGGAGAAAUACCAUACAGAGAAGGGCAAUCCAUUGGUGUCAUCCCGGAUGGUAUCGACAAGAAUGGAAAGCCUCACAAGGUCAGACUGUACUCCAUAGCCAGCAGUGCUAUAGGAGAUCUCGGCGAUUCCAAAAGCGUCUCUUUGUGUGUGAAAAGGCUUGUUUACACCAACGAGCAAGGCGAGAUCGUUAAAGGAGUUUGCUCGAACUUCUUGUGUGACUUGAAGCCUGGAGCUGACGUUAAGAUCACCGGACCUCUUGGGAAAGAAAUGCUUAUGCCUAAGGAUCCAAAUGCCACCGUUAUUAUGCUCGCGACCGGGACGGGGAUUGCUCCUUUCCGUUCUUUCUUGUGGAAGAUGUUCUUUGAGAAACACAGUGAUUACGAGUUCAAUGGCUUGGCUUGGCUGUUCUUGGGUGUGCCCACCACUAGCUCCUUACUCUACCAAGAGGAGUUUGACAAGAUGAAGGCAAAGGCCCCCGAGAAUUUUAGGGUCGACUACGCAAUAAGCAGAGAACAAACAAACGAGAAAGGCGAGAAAAUGUACAUCCAGACCCGGAUGGCGGAAUAUGCAGACGAGCUAUGGGAACUGCUGAAGAAGGACAACACUUAUAUCUACAUGUGUGGACUCAAGGGCAUGGAGAAAGGCAUUGAUGACAUUAUGGUUAGCUUAGCUGCCAGAGACGGGAUUGAUUGGAUUGAGUACAAGAAGCAAAUGAAGAAAGCAGAGCAAUGGAACGUUGAAGUCUACUGAUGCGCGCACACACACCAUUGGCAAAAGUUAUAUAGUAUGGUAACGGUAACUUGUAUAUGGUGAAAAAACGUACGUUUAAUUUUCGUAUUACAACCCUUUUUGUAAUUUAUUUUGAUUUUAUUUUUUUCUAGAUAUUAAUUUUCGUGUUUAUUGCAAGUGUCUAAGGACUUAGAACACGGAAAACAUUAGAAAUUCAUA